CUCAUUCAAACAAUUUUAUUUUUAAUUUCUUAGCAUUUUAAGUACUAGCUCAUAAGAUGCACUAACCUAAGCUCAUUACCUGAUCGUCCUCUCUAAAAACCACAGCACCGACACCAUUUUGGUUUUCCAUGUCAAAAUCUGGUCCUCUGGCAAUUGGUACCUUGUUGCAAUGCAAAACUUUGACCUCCAAACUGUAUAACACUAUAACUUUGGGGGCGGAAAAUAGAAUAAAGAGAGAACUAAGGCUUAUUUCUGCAAUUACACUAAUCGCUAACCUAAACUAAUUUUCUUUUUGAAUUUUAUUUGCGACCUCUUCAUGAAAAGAAUAUGGUAGCGUAAUUGUUAAACAAAGAAAUAAUUAUUCAAAAAACUUAAAAAAACAGAAGAAACAACAUUGUGCAGGCGAAUUUCGAUGAUUCCAUAGGAAACGGGGGAAAAUCGGGAAGAAAGAAUAAACGGAAAAAUAAAGAAAGUUAUUACAGAGGAGGAGAGAAAUUCAAGAAAAGUGUAGAGAUAUGAGAGAGAUCUCAAUUCGGAGAUGGCUGCGGUUCCUUGUGUUUUUUUCUUCAAUUUCUCUGCAAUUUAUUUCAGGGUUUUCGGAUGAUUCACCUAAUGCCAAAAACGGGACAAAAUCUGACAGUCACACUCCUUUAGCUGGUAGCAAGGGAUCCCGUAUUGCGAUAAUAUGCCUUAUUGUCCUAGCGGUGGUGGUCCUAUCUUUUUCACUUUUCAAGUUCUGGCAAAAAAAGAAGCGUGAAGAGCAGUAUGCCCGUUUGCUUAAGUUGUUUGAAGAGGACGAUGAGCUUGAACUUGAGCUAGGUCUUCGGGAUUGAGAUUUCUUUCCCAUUCACUGUGGGUAGUAGUCAAAACGGAAAGAUGAGAACUGAUGGCGUGAAUCGGAGGCCUUGUUGGUCUCUUCCUUUUGUUUGAGAGUUGCCUCAAUAGGCUCGAGACUGAACCUGAACAAAGAUUAAUUGCAACAAGGCUGUCCUCUCUCGCAAGUCUCACACAAUCCUGGAUAUAAUUCUGCAUUAACAAUAACAGGUAGAACACAAUUAAAUCUGUACUUCGAGCUAAAUAAAAUAUGGAUAUCGAGCCUCGAUCAAGCAGCAUUAAUUAAAGCAGACAGAAAAUGGAUGAUCAUGAUCUUUCCUCUCCACCUCCACCAGAUGUCUAAAUGAUCUUCUUGGCCAUAUGUAUUUGCGAUGACAAUGAACCUGGCAAUUUUAAUAACAGCGUCCAAGAAUCCAAAUGAAUUCAUUCAUCUCAGAAUGCAUAUCUUCGUGAAGAGGAAUCACUUUAUACCGCAGACUACAUCGUCAUUUGACAGAAAAGAGCCUGCGGCGCUGGAGAGAAAUCUAUUCCAACAUGCUAAAAUUUCUCUCUUUUAAGCAUAAACACCACCGCAGCUGUUGGUCACACAGAUAUCUAGAUUCUCCUACUACAAGGAUAUCUGUGUAAGUUCUUACAUCUGACUAAUUUCAGUCUCCAGAACAGUAAAAUUAAAACAGAUUAUUCUAAGAUAACAACAUUUAAGUUUUGAUAACUGCAAUUUAUCUGUUAAUCAAAUAUCAGUUCUCUGUAGCUGCUUAUCUGCAAAAAGCCUUGUACUAUUGUUAAAAAAAACUCCCAAAAAAUCCACCGAGAAUACAUCAAUCUUAUUGAGGCUCACGAGGGUCAUAAGCAACUUAUAUGUUUAAUAAAAUUAAUAAAUAUGAUCACUGUGACUGAUUAAAAAGAAUACAUAGUCAGGUAGAAAACUAUGUCUAUGAGUUAGCAUCUUCUAGCCCCCAUACAAGCUUGUUUCAGGGUGUCAUGAGCAAUUUACUGGCGUCCAGCUACAGAGUUUCAGAUAACGAGAUCUAGGGUUAACGAGAUCAGGGCUUCAGAGAGAGCUGUGACAAGAUAUCAGCUUGUCCAUUAAGGUUAUCUUCCUGUCUUUGCUCUUUUCAUCCCGGUGCUAUUGAAAGGAGACAUGCUCGGACUCAUACUUGGGCUCAUUAUGGGGCUUUCUUCCCUUAAAGUUCCAUUUAACAUAGCUAGUUCUCUAAGUUGUUGCUUUUUGUAAAGGUCCAUUGAUUCAUCCUGCAAGGCCCAAGCAUAAGAUAUUGCUAGAGAAGAACUAUGGGAGUUCAACGUUAUCAUUAUGGUUUUAAACUUCUAAAGCAUACCACAGGUUUUAGGAGUUUUUCCAAUAUGGCCACAGCAUGAUCCACUCGAGAUUCAAUCAUAUCUUCAGGAAAUUCAGCUUCAAGCAAGAUGUGGAGUGGUUCAUUGAGGUGUUCAUAUCCAGGUUUAUCUUUCAGUUUCUCUUCCUGAAGUAGACAAGCCGACUCAAAUAAGAAUUUUAAGAGCAUUUAAAAGCUGCAUUGUUCAAUAAAACCAACUACCACAAAACCUAAAAGAGACUCUCAAUCACCGCUACAAGUCGUUUAGGUUCAAAACUAUACCAACAUAGAUUUAACAAUUUGGUACCUUGACUGUGUCCUUCACCGAA